AUGGCAAAUUUUUUACCCUCUGCUGUACUGGACCUACUGGACCCUUCCCUUCAGUAUAUUGUAAAGAGUACAAUUUUGUAUCCACCAUACCACUUGCUGGCAUUUUGGGACAUCAAUAUAAAGGAUAAUGACAAUUUACUAUCUUUACUUCAAAUGAUAGUUGGUGAUCAAGAGAAUGGAGCCAAUAUUGCUUCACUGUUAGAUCAGGUUUUUCAAUAUGGCUGUCCACUCUGGUCAACCUAUCUGGAUUCUUCAACAGCAGUUGACCCUGUUUCAUCAUUAAUUGAUAUUGGUACUGCAAAGCUCCUAGGAGGAAUCAAUCUGCAAAGGGCCAUGAAAAACUCCUUGGAAACUUCUAGUGUUAUUGCCCUAUUACUAUGGGGU